AGGCGUUGUUUUUUUUCAAACUUUUGUUUUAGUUUGUGACAAUCUAUGACGUGAUUCAUUAUUUUUGCGAUUUUUUUUUUUUUGUACCCUGGAAUUUUCUAGAGAAGGGCGGCAGUUUGAGACUGUGGGCGACUGUGGGCGACUGUGGGCGACGAAGGGAGUGAGAUGCGAUGCUUCACUCGUGCAGCUUCCGAGCGAUUUGGGUAUUGAACGACAAUGGAGACGUUUGUUUCUCGAAGCGCUAUCCAACCGUGGAAAGGAAAUGCCGCCAGCUCAGCGAAUUGGCUGUCAGAGCUGCUGACGUGGACGAAUCACAGCGAAGGAUUGUGGAGUACCGCCCUUUACCGUACGAUAACGAUUUGGCCGGAGAAUUCACUCGUGCGUACGUGCAACGAGACAAAUCCGAUCUGGAAGGCGCCAUUCGGCUGACUCAGACCGUCCCUGGAACCGAUGCUUGGGUAGACGAUCCCUUCAUGUCCUACCUGAUCAGUUUGCAAUUCGAGAGUCCGUGCGAAGAGGAGGGUGGGCAUGACGAGGGUGAUGAGGAUGGUGAGCAAGACGACGAUGAUGGCGGCGGGGAAGGAGCGAUGUCGAAGCCGCCGAUCACGACAUUUCGGCUAUGGCCGCUCCUUGUUCAUCAGAAGGGCGCGUUCUACGUUGUCGGCGCGCCGUUGGUAGAACCCCGCCACGUGGUGCGCUACGACGAACUGUGCACGCGGAACGAUUGCGGCGGAGGUUCCGUUCCGCAUUUAACUCGCGGAGGGCGGGGCGGCGGGAAGUUCACAGCCUCGAUCUCCUCUCUCUUGGUCGAUCUUCCCAGUGUGACCGUUGGAUUUGCUCUCCUUCAUGCUCUCGGCGCGCUGGCGAGCGGUGAGGUCGGAGAACUGGAGGUUCCCGCGCAAUCGGCGGGCGCAGGAGGUGCGGGCGUAGCUUACACCAUGGCUAUGGCUAGCAUCUCGAUCAAUCCGCUUGGCGGGAUGUUCGACAGUCUCGCGGGAAUGGCGCGCACUGCGUCCAAGUCGGCUCCCGCUCCCAGCAUCGGUGCGGCGGCGUCGGGAUCUGCCGUCGGGGCUGCUUCGGCUCUAGGAUUAGGGUUGGGCGGAGGUGGGGGAAGCGGAGGCGGCAGCGCAUUGGGAGGAGGAGGGGGAACAGGUGGCGGCGGCGUGCUUCCUCCUCCCCGCGUCCUUCGACACUCCGACAAAGAGGCCGUUCGCUCCUUCUUGAACAGCGCCAUGCCGUUUGGCAGCCCUCUUGAUCUGAGUGCCGUGACGCUGGCCGCCGUGAGACUCCAUGGCUUCACUGCUUUGGCGGACAACGUUCCCGGUGAGCAGAAGCAACCGGCAUGGAAACCGUACAUGUUCAGAGGUAGGCAAAAGAUAUCCUUCAAGAUCGUGGAGAUCCUGUCGGCGUCCCUGUACGAUCGUGAUGACGUGUCAGAUCUACUGACCGUUGCUGGUCGCGUUGAUUGCCGUGCUGACGUGGAAGGCCUGCCAGAUGUCACUUUCCCGCUCGUCUUCCCGGCCGCCGCCGCCUUGCAGUCUCUCACCGUGCAUCACUGCGCUCACCGCCCUGAGACGGGUCAUGCCAUCAACACCGCCAACAUCAGCGGCGGCGGCGGGGGGGGCGGCGGUGGGAGUGAUGCUCCCAUCGUUAUCUCGUUUUGCCCGCCUCUCGGAAAUUUCGAGCUCCUCCGAUAUCGAGCGGAACCGCGACCUCGUCAGUCUCCUCCUCUUCCCAAUCAGAAACCCCCUCCGCCUCCGCUGCAAGGGUUCUAUCAGUUGCAAAUGGUCUCGCCUGAUGAAGGCGCUUUCCUAAUUAGGCUGGAGUUGUUGAAAGGUGCGGGGGGAAUCAAACCCGCCAUGGUGAUGGAGUACUGCGCCUUUGUCAUCUCUUUCCCGCACAGGCGUGUCGCCUCGCUGGAAGGGACGCCAUCGCUGGGAACAGUGACGACGACAGAGCACAGCGUCGACUGGAAGAUUGUGAUCGGAGGGAGAACCGCCAUAGCCAAACCUCUCGAGGUCAACAUGUCUGGAACCAUCAAGUUUGUCCCAAGUUCCCCUCAGUCCACAGUUGGUGGCGGCGAUGGGAAGCUAAACGGAAUGCAAGUAGACGACGAAGACGAUGAGGAUGAGGAUGAAGAAGAUAACAGCGACAUUAGCGACGAUGAUGAAGAAAACGGCGAUGGGGGGCGAAGGCGACGGGAACCGUGGAGCAAGCGGGAGUGGGAACGGACAGGGGGAGACGCCAAACUUGGGGGUUGGGCAGACCCAUUUUCCAGGGGGCUGUAUGACUACGCCAAGGCAUCGUUCAAACUCACAGGAGCACCCUUUUCAGGGGUGUCGAUCGAUACGAAGGCUCUGUCAAUCUUCCCGCCGACAACCAAGGUGCCCAUCGAGGUGGCUGUGGAGGUGGUGUCUGGGGAGUACGUCUUCUGGAAUUCAAUCGGAAAAUGCCCUUUUGUGCAACCCAUGCCUAAAAUCUUCCCGGCGGAACCCUCGUGACGACAAACAAUAAAUACAUAGGACCACG